GUAAUGCGCCUGACGUUUCCGGGAUUUCCGUCAGUCUGUAGCAUUAGCAUUAGCCACAGGCAGCAGCAGCAGCAGCAACAGCAACAGGAGAGCAGAAGACGUCUCUUUAAAACAUGGCUCUGAAUCGGAAUCAUUCCCAAAACGGCGGAGUUUUGAUAAACAACGGUGAAACUGUUGUGAGGGAGUGCAAGAAUGUGGAGCUCUCAUUCAGCGACGUCUCCUGCAAGACGGAUCUUCUGAGGGGGACUAAGAAGGGCACCAUUUACCUCACACCAUACAGGUUGCUGUUUGUGUCCAGUAACACCAAGGAUUGCCUGGGUUCCGCCAUGUUCCCCUAUUACCUGAUGAAGGGCUGCAGCAUUGAGCAACCGGUGUUUGGAGCCAACUACAUUAAAGGGACGGUGUCAGCUGAACCUGGUGGCGGCUGGGAGGGUCAGGCUCAUUUUAAGAUGACAUUCACCAGUGGAGGAGCGAUAGAGGUGGGACAGCAACUCUUCAAACUGGCCACAAAUGCAUCCCGGGCUGCUCCGGCUCAGAACGGAGCCCCCUCUUACGGCUACCCCUCACCUGGUGUGAUGAACGGCUACGGGCCCCCUGCACAUGGUCCUCCCCCCGCGUAUCCUUACCCACCCGCUGCCCAGCCGAACGGAUACUACCAGGGGCCUCCUCCUCCUCCUGCUGCUGCCAACAUGGGCUACCCCUACCCCACAGCAGCUGCAGGAAUGUACCCAGCUGGUUUCGACUACAUGGCCCCACCUCCCCCGUACCCUGGGCCGCCUCAGAGCUGGGCCGCCCCCCCCCAGAACUGGACUGCAGCGGCAGCACCACCAUCAGCACCUCCAGGUAACGCCAAGGCGGCCGAAGCAGCAGGCAGCGCAUAUUAUAAUCCCAGCAAUCCACACAAUGUCUACAUGCCCAUGGAGCGGCCUCCACCAUACGCACCUUUUCCAAACUCUCCCGACAAGAAAACCAACUGAGACUCAUCCACUUCUUCCGUGACACUCCUCCGGUUCCUUCCUUUCUGUCCUUAAUAUAUUCUAGAGUGAGGAGUAAUGUCGGUGGUUUGCCUACACUUAAUGUAGAACACAGAAAAGCAAAUGCAAGUGAGAGGAAGGCUCAAAGACGUGAUGAUAUUUCGGGUACCGGAACAGAACAAUCACACCAUUUAAAAAAACUGUUUAUCCCUAUUACGCAAAGUCACUUAAAGCAUUUGACUUUUUCUAAAACUCAUUAUUCAUUAUUAACAUUGUCAGUGAUGGGCUUCAUUUGAAUUCCUCGAUGGGAGCUGAAAGAAGAUGGAGGGAAUACAGAGAAUGUAUUUUUUGAGACGGGUUUAUUACCAAAAGAUUUUGUAGCGAUUUAUCGAUUGCAGUUCCUAAUAGUUAUUAACACCAACUCCUCCUAUUAUAAAUAGUUAAGUAUUUUUGCAGUAUCAUUGUAAGUACAGUGCGUGUUUCCUAUAUAGUUUAUUAGUCGUUUUUUUUUCAUAUUUACAGUGAUUUUCAAAUAAUAUCAAGGCCUUCACCAAUGACUAAUGUGAAGUAUUACUUUUUAAUCUUCAUUUCACACUUAUAAUAAUAAUUUAAUAACUAUUGAUGCUUGGGUGUAGAAGAAGGAGAAAGGAUCUGUGUUAGGUUUUAAAAAGAGAGAGAUCAGGAAGAUUAAACAAAAAAAAAAGUGUAUGUAUGUGCAAUAUUUCAACCUGACCUAAUAAGGUUGACCAGCUGAAUGACCCCUGCUAGCUUCUAUUGUAUUCAUGUAUGCAAAGCCCAGCUGAAACCAGAACUCUACUCCUUCAGUAAUUACUCUCGUGUGGGGUUACGGGGUUGAUUUAUUGGAGGCCCAUCCGCGUUUUAUUUUUCCCUUUUUCUCGCUGUCGAAACUUUCCAAUGCAAACCAUUUAUUCCACAUUUAAAGAAGGUUGUUUGACAGCGUCCCCGUCUCGAUAAGCUAACGGAUGAGUUGUCAGAGUUUUCCCACCGCUGUGGUGGAUUUUAAAGGGGGACGGGGACGUGGUUAAGUUUGCGCGUUUUGAUUAAGUGUCUGUAUAUUAAUAGCUCUUUUGCAGUUCUUAUUUCUUUCACUGAUAUUUGUUGAUUAAAAUCUAAUAAAUGUGUCAUUUAUUAAAAGUUGAAAA